UAGUAGGUCUGUGACUGUCGGUGCAUCGCUAGGUCUACAGCAGAAAUGACUCCUGAGCGUUUCCUUUUUAAAACAGAAGAAAGGUCGCGACUCAUCUAGCUCAGAGAACACUGACUUCCCAAGAUGUAUUGCCCAGAUUGUGGCCAUACGAUUUCGAAGAAAGCAAAGUUUUGCAGUGAGUGUGGCCUGAAGCUAUCUGUUCAACCUGCAAACACACAGGAUAGAAGUGAUCAGCCCAAAUCCUUGGUAGCAGACUCAGAAGGUACAGCAGUGAAAUCAGUUUCACAAAAUAUUGACCCACCUGUGGACAACAAAGAGUCCAAUAGAUUCCCUAAACGACAAAAUGAUGAGACCAUCAAUAACCCAAAGAAAAAGAAAAAAAAGAGGAAGAGGAACAAAAAGAAGAAGGAAGGCCAAGACAUGUCUCAUGUCUCACUGGGAGACAACCAAGGAAAGAAGAAUCAGGGCGGGCGAGACUCUUCUGACAAUGAAAGCUCAGAUACUGCAUUGGAUGAAACACCAGACUCACUCCAAGAUGGGCCCUCCUCACUAGAGAGCCAGCCCAGUUCAGUAGCAGCUAACAAUCCUGCGGCCCUGUCUGAAGACAAACAAGUGGUUCAGAGUGAAAAAGAGGCUUUUGCAUUAGAGGCAAGAACUCCGAUUAAUUCUGGGGACGCUCCAGGUGUCACUGUUGAGGGAGAGAGCAAUGCACUAAAAUCAGCUCAGAAUCAGAAUCUCAACUCAACACCAGCUGACAAUCCGACUCCCGUCUCAAAAGACACCAAGAGUGAAGCUUCUCAGGCAGGUUCAGGCAAGGCAACAGACCUAAAAGAUCAAAAGACUGAAAUGGAAAGCUCAAGGAAAAAGAAAGACUUAGAUGUCAAUAAACCACAAGCAAUGGACCAGAAUGCCAACAUAGAGAAAAAUGACAAUCCGACAGGACUAACCAAACAGAAGGGAAAGAGUCAGCAGGAGCAGAAACAGAAUCAGAUGGUGUUUGACCCUAAAACACCUUCAAAGGCUGACCCCACAGGCUCCAGUAUGGACAGGGGAGAAACCAUGGGUGUUCCGCAGUCUGGCAGCGAACAGGACUCAAUGGCAAAACCAUCCUCCAACAAGAGAAGUAAACACGACAGUCAGGAGCCCAGCACCCAUGCUGAACCUCCCCCCGAAAGCUCAAAGAAGAAGAAAGACUCGGCUGCCAAUAAAUCACCUGCAAUGGACCAGAAUGCCAACAUAGAGAACAAUGAGAAGCCGACAGGACAAAGCAAACAGAAGGGAAAGAGUCAGGAGGAGCAGAAACAGAAUCAGAUGGUGUUUGGCUCUCAAACACCUUCAAAGGCUGACCCCACAGGUUCCAGUGUAGACGCGGAGGUAACCAAGGGGGUUCCAAAACCAACCUCCAACAAGGGAAGUAAACACGACAGUCAGGAGCCCAGCACCCAUGCUGAACCUCCCCCCGAAAGCUCAAAGAAGAAGAAAGACUCGGCUGCCAAUAAAUCACCUGCAAUGGACCAGAAUGCCAACAUAGAGAACAAUGAGAAGCCGACAGGACAAAGCAAACAGAAGGGAAAGAGUCAGCAGGAGCAGAAACAGAAUCAGAUGGUGUUUGGCUCUCAAACACCUUCAAAGGCUGACCCCACAGGCUCCAGUGUAGACGCGGAGGAAACCAAGGGAGUUCCAAAACCAACCUCCGACAAGGGAAGUAAACACGACAGUCAGGAGCCCAGCACCCAUGCUGAACCGCCCCCCGAAAGGCUGACCAGGAACAAGAAUAUUGCUGCAGGGGACAGACUCACAAUAUACUUCCAUGCAGUUCUCUCAAAGGAUUUCAAAUUUGAUCCUGAAGAAGAUCAUAUCUUCAUCAGGGCUGGGGCUCCCAUUGGAACGUGGGACAACAAUGUUGUUGAGCUUUUUCUGACCAGGGAUCUUGGAGAUCAUGGUUUUCUGGUUGAGGGCAAUUUGCCUACUUUCAAAACUCAAGCUGAAUCUGUGUCAAUACCGUACAAAUAUAUUGUCUAUAACAAAAAAAAGAGCAAAUACGAGUAUGAGUACAUAUACAAACUGGAUUCUACUGCCCACACUACCAACAGAUGUUUGUUUGUGAAACGUGGCCUUGUCAAUGAAGACGGGGACUGGCAUCAAUAUGAUGACAUCAUUUGUGCCGAGCCAUCACAGAACAUGCUCAAACGCCUUAAAGAAAAGUUAUGGCCUGAUCAAAGGAAGAAUCUGAUUCAAGGCAGAGAGAUCGCAGGGAACAUCAUGCUGGAGUCCAUAUUUGAUCUACUCAGGAGCUGGACUGAUACCAAUUUAAGAAGUUUUUUGAUCCAGCUGAAUCAGUUCUGUCAGGUUUAUGGAGAGCCUUUUGUGUAUGAAGAAAGACAAAAGAAGUGGUACUCCUUAAACUAUGGGGAAGAGGAUGUGAAAAAGAUGCUAAAGGAAUUCAUGCUGACAAAGGUUAUUCCUCAGUUGAGGAAGGAUGGAGGCGAGAUGCUCUACACUCAGGAUCCCAUGAGAGCAGCUGUGAUCAUGCUUUGUGUAUGGAGACAGCAUAAAUUCAGACUGAAUAAUGGUGAACUCAAUCAGCUCUGCAAUGUACUCUGUUCACGCAAAAGAGAAAAAGAAGAGUUCCUCCGUUACUGGGCAGAGUUUUCUCAGGAUGUCGCUAUUCUCAACAAAGAUCUGAUAGAAGGGUUGGUGUUUCUGAUAAAAGCUGUGAAAACAGAGGGAAUGCCUCGAUGGAUUCUGGUCCUGCCACUCCUCCACCUUCUCAAAGGCUCCAUUAAGCCCUUUGAAGUACCAACUUCUGGUAACUCAAAGUAUGGUGUAGUCUGGGCAGGGUUGCAAGGCCUUGAAAUUGGUACCUCAGCAUCAUACAUGAACAGUGAAGACAGGAAAUCUAUAGUGAAUCUGAUGAAAAGCCACAGGCACUUGAUGGAUGUGGAUGCACUUUUUGUGCGAUCCUGUAUGUACCUGAUCCCAUUAGAUGAUCUGAUGGAGUGUAACAUCAUUGACAUUGAGCUUUUGGACAUGCUUCAUGUUUUCAAUAAUAAGGCUCCUCAGGAAAUUACGAGCGGUAACUACCAGACAGUGUCUCACAUUCUCUCACAUAUCCAAGAACGCCUUGUUGAAGAAAAAUACAGCCUUUUUACUGAGGCUUAUAGGAGAGAGUGCCUUGAGACAUCAGUGAAACUGUUGGACAAGCUCUGCAAAGGAGUCAAACCGGCAUCAUAUACCCAGAACUACCCGGAUAUAACUGUAGCUUGCAUGAAUCUGGUUGCAUCUGUGUCAGACUUUGUUCACUGUAACAAACCACAGGAGACUCAGAAAGGAGAGAACGAGCAGCAAAAUGCUAAAGAACUGAUCUCUCGGGCGAUGUCCAUCAUGAGAAACUGGGUCAGUCAAUCCUACAGACAGAGUUUGCUAAACAGGAACUUUUCAUCCAUGUACACCCGCGUUGAAGCCACACCAGAGACAGAAAUGUGGAACAACAUCUUGUCCAUCCAAUUCAACGAUAAAGACUGCACAAAAGUAUGGAGAGAGACGUUCACAUUGGAUUUUGAGGGCAAAUACAAACAGGAAUCUGUUGUGGAUCAAACCGAGUUUUACUGCACAAAGAUAGAGGAACUCAGUAAAUCCUGUCCACUCGUUGCUGCAAGUGUUGAGAGGUGUGCUCUUGAGGCUGUGACAGCUUUAUGCCAGACUAAGUCUGAGGGGAAGCUGUUUGACAAGAUCAAGGUAAACUGGAAGUUCGGGAAACUCAUCUCAGCCAUUAUCGAGAAAUCCUGGCCAAAAGACUGUCAAGGAAAUUAUCAGGAAGAUGAACAAUUGGUCCUUCGGCACCUACUCUCCUGGACUGCCGCCAAAGACUAUUUCAAACUACAUGGUGCAGAUGAAAAGCUGAUCAAAGAGCUCUCUCAAGAUGCCAGGGAUAGAAUUGCCAUUGCCAUAUCAUCAUUCACAGCCAUCAACAAUCAACUGGUCAAUGGAACCAUUAAGACCAGCCUGCUCAAAAUCAUUUUGGAGAGGAGAAACACCUUCUUAGAUCUGCUGAAGAUUGAAUGCCUCUCUGAGAAUGAACAAUACAGGGAUACUGGCAAAAUGAGGAGGCUGUUAGACUCGAGAGAGGAUGAAUUGAAGGAUGUGUACCAUGAGAAGGCUCUUGUGGACAUUGUCUUAACAAUGUGCAACAAACUUGGGGAACUUAUGACAGUUGAUCUUGAGGACAUGGCAGAGAGACAGCAGGUGAACAUCGAAUCAAUGCAGCUGAACGAUUUUAUGGAGGUUCAUCCAUUUCAACAGUUGCCCUCACCUAAUGCGGGUAUUGUCACCUACUUCAAUCUGGGCGAGGAAAUCAAAAACAUGGCAGAGAUUCUGUUCACCUUCACAGACAGUCAUAUAUUCAAAGUGUGUUGGGAGAAUCGAGCCAAACUCAUGGUUGCUGAAGAAAUGGAAGACGCCGACGCUGUUGAACUUCAAAUAGCUGACAUCAAUGCAACACCAGAAAUGAUACAUGAAAACAUUUUCAAGCCUUGUUAUGAUGAAUACAAAGACAUCUACACUCGUCUGAAGAAUGGCAGUAUAAGGCUCGAGGAGGUAAACCAGCUUUUCCGUGAUUACAAGGGCAGGUACGAAGAGCUUGCAAAGGACCUGGACAUCAUGUGCAAAAUUGAUAAAUCCACUGACAAACAGUGGAUCCACAGCAGGGUUCAACAGAUCGAGCAGUAUCAUGAACUUCAUCUCGCUGUGGCCUCGGCUCAAAUCAUAAUGAAAGUCAAAGAGACGCUCGGUCUUCAGGGGGACUUCAGGGUUCUGGAGACACUCACGGAAGUUAGUCAUGCAAACUUCCAGAACGAGCAGCUCAACCGGAUUGACAAUGACUUGAUGCAGGCAAAGAUGGUGCUGGUGGACAUCACAGAUGCUCACAGACUGUGCCUGAAGGAGCUGGAACUCAGAGGACACUUUGUAAACUGGGUCAAAGAUUCACUUGAAGAUAUCAAUGAGUUGAAGGUGUUCGUUGACCUGGCUUCCAUCUCUGCGGGAGAGAAUGACAUGGACGUGGAUCGUGUUGCCUGCUUCCAUGACGCUGUUCAAGGAUAUUCUUCAAUGCUAUAUGAGCUCAAACCAGAUGCUGGUUUCGAUAUCUUCAAAGAGGUGCUCGAGAAGCUCUGGAAAGCUUUGAGGAAUGACAGCAAACUACCUGAUAAACUGCGGGACAGUGCACGCCAUUUGGAAUGGCUGAAGACUGUGAAGGACAGUCAUGGAUCGGUGGAGCUGUCAUCUCUUUCCUUAGCAUCAGCCAUCAACAGCAAGGGUAUCUACCUCAUCAGUGCACAAAAUGUAAAAAAGUUGAGUCUUGACACCGCCCUGAAGCUCCAGAUUCCAGAGGAGCAUGAUGAGGGUCGGCAGAUGCGCUGCUAUUCCCUUGAGGACCUUCGGGAGCUCCAGAACAAACUUAUGCUCAUGUCCGGGAAAGGAGAUCAAGGGCAGAAUGAAGUUGAUCACUUUUCAGAGGUUUUUGCUAGUGUUCAAAGACUAACUGAGGCAUUCAUUGCCCUCUACACUGCUGGGAAUCCUCUGUUCAGGCACUAAGCACAGAUCAACUGCAGUUUGAGCAGUGUGAAACCCAGUAUUAUGAUGGACUUCAAUCUUGGCAGUGUUCUCAGUGUUGUCACUGUGGAGGGCAGCAUAGAAGAGCAGCUUCCUGAAUUUUGCAGAAAAAUUGAGAAAUGCCUAGAUUAUUGGAUGAAUUUUGUGGACAAACAGAGGUCUGAGCAUUACUACCUGAACUACUACACUGCCGAACAGAUUGUCUACCUCUGCAGCCAGUUGACACAGCAAAAUCUGACCAAACUUGAAGACCAAGUUCUCAUGAUGCUCUCAUUUGUCAAGCCAAAUUGCAGAGCCUCGGACUUGAGCCAGGUCUGGCAUACACUCAGGUAUGAGAUCAUCACCAAACCACAAGAGCAAAAUGAAGACAUUGAGUUUCAGACUUUUGUUAUGGUGCCAAGAAGUGAGCUGGGUGACACAGACUUUGCCAAUGAGUUGGAUUCUCUCAGUCUUGUGGUCCAAGCAAAUGGUGUGCAAAAGUUCUAUCAGAUAUGGAAUGCUUAUAUGAAAGACAUGAAAACUUAUCUUCCACACAUUCUUGAUAUAAAAAGUCUUGGAAGACUGUUGGAAUUACUAGCCAACAAAGAAGAAGAUAGUGAAGAAGAUGAGAGUGAUGAAGACAUUUCUGAUGAUUACACUGGAGAUUUCAUACUGAGGCAGCUACCUAAAGGCAUGGCCGCCGGAAAUCCAAACCUCAUUGUUUGCCCGCACGAUGUGUUGACAUCUUGCAUCUCCAUUUACAUGAGUAGUGUAGAACAGUCACUUCCCACCUAUGAUGAAGUCCUUUUGUGCAACUCCUCAACAUCGUACGAACAGGUGGAGCUAUUCCUCAGACGCUGUCUCAGCCAAGGGUACAGGGGACAGAAGAUAUACUCUCUGCUGUACGGAGAUCUGCUCACUUAUGAUGUGAGCUCUAAAGUUGAGAAUUUUUUUCAGAGAAUGAAAAUGCAGAGCCGAAAAGACUAUAGACUUGUCCUCAUCUGCAGCUCUGAAAGAGAACAUGCCUAUCUUCCUUCAGCCUUCAGCCAGUACAGAUUGCACAUGGAUCCCCAGCAGUCAUUAGCGAGGAUCGAGAGAUACCUCCACAAACACUACGUUGUUCCAGCAGACCAAUGCAGUGCUGCAGCUGUGUUCAAAGACCGAUUGUCCGUUGGUGUCGUGUCAUCCAAAAGGGCUGGUGUUGGUAAAUCUCUCUACAUCAAGAGGUUGUAUGAAAAACUGAAACUCUCCACCAAAAAGCCAUCAAUGAUGAAAUGCAUCCGCCUGAUUGAACCAAAUGUUGACGAGAAUGUCAUCCUUCAAUCUUUGUUAAACACCCCCAAAGGUGAAGAACUGAAGAUGUUUCACUUUGACAUCACAUCAUCGGUGCGGAAAGGUCUCCAUGAGUUCCUUUUCAAAUUGUUGUUCCUCCGCUAUUUGAUGGACUCUGAGGGAAAGACGUGGAAGUGCAGUGACAAGCAUCUGUAUCUCAUCGAGAUGUUAGAGCCGACUGUCAUGUCAACCAGAAAUGUUUCACGGCAGGCCGAAACUUUGAACAGCACAUUCACAGGUGUGUUUCCAAAUAUUUUCUGCCGACCACCCAAAGAAGUGCUAAUGCUGGAGGUCCAGAAGCAAGAUCCUUCUUUUGAGGGCACUGAAGAACCUCUAAUGGAUGAAGAAGAAUACAGGAGUGCAGCCUUUCAACGGCCAUACCAGUAUCUCACACGGUUUCAUAACCACAAUGAUCUUGAUUUGUUCAAAUACCAGGAUGUUGAAGGGUCACAUGUUGAAUGUCUUCAGAUGCUUCUCAUGUUCUGUGGAAUGAUGGAUCCAUCUUGGGCAGAGCUGAGAAAUUUCACUUGGUUCCUCAAUCUUCAGCUGAAAGACUGUGAGUCAUCAGUUUUUUGUGACCCUGAUUUAACUGCUGAUACUGGAUUGACUGGAUUCAAAACCUUUGUGGUGGACUUCAUGAUUCUGAUGGCAAAAGACUUUGCCACUCCAUCACUCAGCAUCUCUGACCAGAGUCCUGGCAGACUGCAGAUGGACCUGACUGGUGUCAGAGACGAAGACUUGGCUCCUUUUCUGAUCAGAAAGAGAUGGGAAACAGAACCACAUCCAUACAUCUUCUUUAAUGAUGACCAUAUGUCCAUGACCUUCAUCGGCUUCCAUCUUCAGCCCAAUGGACCGAACUCUGUUGAUGCCAUCGAUCCCACUUCUGGAAGGGUGAUAAAAAAGAAUGUGAUGACAAACGCAUUGUAUGAAGGCCUCAAACUACAGAGAGUCCCUUUCAACAUUGACUUUGAUAUCCUUCCAAGAGGAGAGAAAAUAGAGCGACUCUGCAAUGUUCUUGGUAUCCAGUGGCCCCUUGACCCUGAUGAAACAUAUGAGCUUACCACUGAUAACAUACUGAAGAUGUUAGCAAUCCAUAUGCGGUUCAGGUGUGGCAUCCCUGUCAUUAUCAUGGGAGAGACAGGUUGUGGUAAGACAAGGCUCAUUAAAUUCCUUUGUGAAUUGAGAAGGGGUGGAGUGGCCACGGAGAACAUGAAACUGGUCAAGGUGCAUGGGGGCACAACUUCUGAGAUGAUUUACACUAAGGUCAGAGAAGCUCAAGACCUUGCUUCUAUCAACAAGGGAGACUAUGGAUUUGAAUCUGUUCUCUUUUUCGAUGAGGCCAACACUACUGAUGCCAUCAGCAGCAUUAAGGAGAUCCUCUGUGAUAAGACAGUCAUGGGGGAAAGUUUGACACCCAACUGUGGAUUGCAGAUCAUUGCAGCGUGCAACCCUUACCGAAAGCACACAGAUGAGAUGAUUCAGAGGUUAGAAUCUGCUGGCCUUGGGUACAGAGUUCGGGCUGAAGAGUCGGAUGAAAAGCUUGGGUCCAUUCCUCUCCGCCAGUUAGUCUAUAGAGUUCAAGCAUUACCACCAAGCAUGAUUCCUCUGGUGUGGGACUUUGGACAGUUAAACGAUCACACAGAGAAAAUAUACAUCCAGCAGAUUGUGCAAAGGGUGGUUGAAAAACAGGCCAUUGAUCAAGCUUACAUCAAGUGCAUCACUGAUGUCCUCUCAGCUUCACAGAUGUACAUGCGGACAAAAAAGGAUGAAUGCAGCUUUGUCAGCCUGAGAGAUGUCGAGCGCUGCAUGCAAUCUUUUGUCUGGUUCUACGACAACCACAUUAUGCUGUUAGCAGAGCUGGAAAAAUUUGAGAAACAGAAAACCGAGAAGAGUGAAAGGCAUCACAGACAGCAUGAGAUCAGAGACCCUGUGCUCUGGUCUCUAGUCAUGGCCAUUGGAGUGUGCUACCAUGCGUGCCUGGAGAAAAAGGAAAAAUACAGACAGAAAAUCAGCAAAAGCCUACCAUCACCAUACAGCCCAGAAAAAGUAAUGCAGGAAAUCACACUAAUGCAGGAUUUACUUUUGAGCGGCGUUCCAAUGGGUGAUACCAUUGCCCGAAACAGUGCCCUGAAAGAGAAUGUCUUCAUGAUGGUCGUCUGCAUUGAGCUAAGAAUCCCUCUCUUUCUAGUUGGGAAACCUGGGAGUUCAAAAUCUCUCUCUAAAACUCUUGUGGCUGAUGCAAUGCAGGGCCACGCUGCUCAUUCGAGUCUCUUCAAAGGGCUUAAACAAAUCCAUUUGGUCUCCUUCCAGUGCAGCCCUCAUUCAACACCAGAAGGCAUCAUUAAUACAUUCAAACAAUGCGGACGCUUCCAGGAAGGAAAGAACCUGGCUGAGUACAUUUCAGUUGUGGUUCUUGAUGAGAUUGGGCUGGCUGAGGACUCUCCAAAAAUGCCACUGAAAACCCUCCAUCCACUACUGGAAGAGGGAUGCAUUGAUGAUGAGCCACUACCACACAAAAAGGUUGGAUUCAUUGGCAUCUCAAACUGGGCUUUAGACCCUGCAAAAAUGAACAGAGGCAUUUUUGUCUCACGUGGUGACCCUGAUGAGAGGGAACUCAUUGAGAGUGCUAAAGGCAUUUGCAAAUCUGAUGCCAUGGUUUUGGAGAAGGUCAGAGAUUUCUUCCAGCCCUUUGCAAAAGCCUACUUGAACAUCUGCCAAAAAAACGGCAAAGGCUUUUUCGGCCUACGUGACUAUUACAGCUUGAUCAAAAUGAUUUUUGCAGUGGCCAAAGCUUCUAAAAGGAAGCCCACUGCAGAAGAAACCAUAAAGGCAGUGUUGAGAAAUUUCAGUGGCAAGGAUGAUGUUGACGCGGUUUCCGUCUUUACCAAAAGACUGCAUUUUGCAAAGGACCUGGAUAACAUCAGUGCCAUUGAGUUUGUGAAAGAAAACAUUCAGGCAGUUGGACAAGAAGAAGAAUGUCGUUACCUGCUGCUACUGACAAAAAACUAUGCAGCACUACAAAUCUUGCAGCAAACCUUCUUUUCAGAAAAUGGGCAGCCAGAAAUAAUCUUUGGAUCCAGUUUCCCAAAAGAUCAAGAGUAUACCCAGAUCUGCCGCAACAUCAACAGAGUGAAGAUCUGCAUGGAGACAGGUCAAACUGUUGUGCUCCUUAACUUGCAGAACCUCUAUGAAAGCCUCUACGAUGCCCUUAACCAAUACUAUGUCUGUUUGGGAGGACAGAAAUAUGUGGAUCUUGGACUGGGAACCCACCGUGUGAAAUGUCGGGUUCACGGGGACUUCCGGCUGAUUGUCAUUGAGGAAAGAGAGGUUGUCUACAAACAGUUUCCAAUACCGCUCAUCAACAGGCUGGAGAAACAUUACCUGGACAUCCACACUGUCCUUAAAACUGAGCAGACGAAGAUUGCGGAAGAUCUGGAGAGAUGGUUGAGACUCUUUGUCUCUGUCAGCAAUCAACACGCAACAGUAGCUCAGGCUUACAAGUACCAACCACCAGACGUCUUUAUCGGCUACCACUCAGACACAUGUGCUUCAGUGGUACUACAAGUUAUUGAAACGCAGAAGGACAGUUUGGAGAUCUCAGAUCCUGAGAGGAGAGUACUGGAUGAGGCGAAACUUAUACUGCUCAGAUGUGCCACACCAGACUCAGUCGUGCGGUUGGACUGCACAGGCCUUCCCAAAGUGGAGAGUGAAAAUCUGGCCAGAGUCUACUUCGAAGAGCAGAAUAACAGCUGCUUAGCUGACUUCAUUCGUGCUCACACAAUGCAGGAAGUCCAUUGCCAAUCCUUCUUCACAGAGGUGACAACAUUCUCCAGACUUCUGACAACUUCUGACCUUGAUACACUAGAACAGGUUUUGCAGAGUGUUGAGCUUCUGUCACUCCAACAGUUUGACACUGAGUACUCCUUCCUGAAGAAGAUAAGGAACUUCCUCACAGCUGAUAAAGGAAGUAGUAACACUGGACCUCCCAACAAGAUCCUCCUCAUUCAGAGUGAUUUUGAUGAAGCCUCUCAUAGUGCCAAUCUCAUUGCAUCUGCAAAAUAUUCAUCCAUGAACGAAAUCAACAAGAUAACUCACGAGAGCAACGGAAGCAGGGUGUUUGUCUACUUUAUCACCCGACUGCCAAGAAUGGAAGGAGGGACCUCCUACAUCGGCUUUCAUGGAGGCCCCUGGAGAUCAGUUCACAUUGAUGACCUCAGACGGUCAAAAGACAUUGUUUCAGACAUCAAAGCCUUGCAAAACAUGACAAUCAGUCAAAUGUUUGAAACAAAGAUGAGCCAGCCUGAAGCAAUGGAGGUGGAUGACAUGUAUACUGAGGAUCAGCAUGAGGUGGAUGACAUGUAUACUGAGGAUCAGCAUGAGGUGGAUGACAUGUAUACUGAGGAUCAGCAUGAGGAAGCAGAGUCUGAGGAAAAUGGCUGGGAAAACGCUGUGGACACGACAGCACUGGUGCGGAGCUGUGUGCAGAGUGCAGUAGGCAUGCUCAGGGACCAGGUUGAAGUUGGCCGCAGUACUCGGAGAGUUGAGAUACUGCUGACACUCCUCAGUGACACUGACGAAGUAAAAGGGGAAUUUUUGCAAACUGUAAAAAAGCAUCUUCACUCAUUGCUUGCAACUUAUGAUGGUUUAUCCAUCAAAAGCAACUGGGUUAUUAAGGAGGCCUCAAACAUUGAUGCAUUGCAAGAGGGGGGCACCUUCAGGCACACAUUAUGGAAGCGCGUUCAGGCUGUGGUCAUCCCACUCUUGGCUCAACUGGUUUCAGUCAUUGACCGCGAUCAAAACUUGAACAUCCUUCUCGAUGAAAAGUGUGGUGGAUUUGUCAAGAGGCUUUGGUUAGAUAUCUUUGGCAAUGAUAAGCUGCUGGAAAUCCCACCCCUAACACUGGACCCUAACUCUCAGACAAAAAACAUCCUGGUACAGAACUACAUUGCCCAAGACAGGGACAUGAGCUGCAGCAUGCCCUUCAGCUGGAGGAUCAAGGACUACCUGGAGGAACUCUGGGUUCAUGCCCUUCAACGUGAAGGCCAAACUCAACAAGAGUUUGAUGAGUUCUUUUGGAAGACACCACUGGGGCGAUACAUUGAGAAAGCAGACCGAGAGACACAGAGAGAGUUUUUCCAACGCUACCUUCAGGAUUUCAUCUCCAUGACAAUGAACGUGACAUGUCAGGAAGAUUUGGAGAUCCUUUGUGGUGCCCUGAACUGUUGCGUCAAUGAGCUGUGUUUGCAGUUCAAUAACACGGAUACAGUGACAUCUCUUCCAUGGGUCCAUGCUGCUUAUCAUCAGUUCAAGAACCGACUUCAGAACCUCUCCAGAAUGAUUUGCAUUGAGCCCCAGGUGACCCAGCAUCUCUUGAAGAAUCAUCAUACCAGAGACGGGGUUGAAAUGGUACUUGAUGUGUAUGCUGCUUUUGCAUGUGUGGAGUACCUGGAGCCUAGAUCCCUGGACACAGAUGCCCAAAGACAAGACUGGCUCAGACUGGUCAAAAAACUCCAUGUUCCCAUUGAGUUGAUCUGCUCUGAAGACAGUGUGAGCCGCUAUGGAGAGAGAUGCAAGGCUAUUGUCCACAGAGUACAAGCUGGAUGGAAUCGGAUAUUCUCUCUCUCUCUGUUUGUGGAACAUAUGUUGUUGGGCAUUGAGCUGGUGGAGAAGAAGCUGACACCUGUGCUUUUGAAGCAUACCAAGGGGCUUUGCCAGAUUCUGGAAAAAAAUUCAGACCUCAAAUCUCAGGAGUCUUUUGAGGCAGUAAUCAGUUUGCUCAAAAAAUGCAAAGAUGGAGCCAUUGAAUGCAUCUUCAAGUUUGGUCUUACGCUGUGCCCAGUUUGUAUGGGAGAUGCCCAAGAUCCGGUCUGCCUGCCAUGUGAACACAUCUACUGUUUGGCCUGUAUCCGACAGUGGUUGAUUCCCGGUCAGAUGUACUGUCCCCUCUGCAUGCAACCAGUUAGCGACGACUUCCCCAUGGUUUCUUCAGAUGCCGUAAGGAUUGUUAUCAACCAACAUGCUCAGUUCAGGAAGCAAUGCAACGCUUUCUUCAUUGACCUGGUGUCCACCGUGUGCUUCAAAGACAACUCUCCCCCCUGUCCAGCUGUCAUUCUUAAUUUGCUGUCCUUACUCAUGGUGGAGGCCAACCAUGUUACAGUUUUCGGAAGUAGGACAGUCAAUCGGCAAACUCUGACUAAGGUGCUCUCUCCGUUUGAUGACUCUGUGGAUAAAAAUCCAGUGGUUCGGUCAGUGGUGCUCAAACUUCUGCUGAAGUACAGCUUCGAUGAAGUUAAACAUUACCUGCAACAGCAUCUGGUGGUAGUUGAGCAGAGCAUCAUCUUGGAGGAUUCGGACAAAAUUGAACUCUACUCUAUGUACUUGAACUGCCUGGAGGAUUCCAUGUUUGAAAGGUUGCAGUUCAGGUCCAUUGCAGAGCAACAGCUGUGUCUGAAGGAUGAAGGUGCCUUCCUGACUGACUACCUGCUAUCACUUGGCCAUUCUGCUGAAAAAGCCACUAUGGAGUAUCUGCAGCUUAUGGCCAGAGUGCGUAUGGACCUCGAUAUGGCUGCAAGCCUCAUUAUGGAAAAACUCAGAGACCCCGAGGCUAAGGAUACUGGUGAAAGGGGAACUGCAGCCUUCCUGACCAGUGUGGUGAACUUGUGUAGGCGCAGUGGAAACGACUGGUUUCGAGUCUACCUGAUCCGUAAGAUCUGCAGCCAACAUGGAGUGGAGUUUGUCCUGAAACUCCUCAAAGUGGACGACAUGCGCUGGCUAUUCCCCGUAGAAGUGCUGCAAAAGAGUGAGGAAGCCAUCCCUAUAGACCAGUUUCUUGUGUGUGGGGAAGAGUACAGGACUGUUAGGGAUGCUGUCGCAAAGGGACUUAUGGAAGGCAAACUGGAUGGACUGGACAAGAUUUGUGCGGGGUGCAGAUGCUUACCACAGGCUACAACAGUUAACCUUCUGUUGGCAUUGUACAGGGAAGUCACCACUCUCUACAGAGAAGCCAAUGCUAGCUUCCAUCCCAAGCCAGAGCAAUUGGACGCCCUAAUGACCUACAUCCGGGACUCCAAAUUCCUUGCCACCCCACAGGUAAAGGCCUUUGCCAAAGCUCUAGUGACCAACGAGCUGGGGCCGUUGGUUGUUUGUCUCGGGGCUUCUGCUGCAAAGUGUGUGCUGGUGGACUUAACCAUUCACCUGGCAGCUGUCCUGCUCAACAGUAACCAGGGGAUAUUGGCCCCCCUGCAACAGCUGGCCAUGGCGCCUGCCAACAUGCAGGCAGCCUUCUUGCCAACUAUGCCUGAGGACAUGUUAGCAGUGGCUCAACAAGCUAUGGGGCCGUUGCAGUGGUACAAUUGUCCAAAUGGUCACCCAUGCACCAUUGGGGAGUGUGGCCAGCCCAUGCAAAAAGGUUGUUGCUUGGACUGUGGUGCUGAAAUAGGAGGAACCAACCACAUUGCUGUAGCGGGAUUUAGAGUUGUCGGGUUGCAGGGUGACCGCACUCAGACUGGCCACAUCCUCGGCGACCCCCGACGCAGGGACAAUCCAGACAUGCUGGACACAAAGAGCAUGUCCCAGGUUCCCUUCACCAUGGUCCGCAUGCUCAAUCACAUGGCCAUGGUACUGGGUGCCUACAGCAACGCACAGUCUAUCUCUGCCAUCAUCAAGCCUCCAGUCCCUGACCCAGGUGCAUUUGUAUUUGCUCACCUGCAAAAGGACUUACAACAUCUCAUCAGAUCUCUGGGUAAAGGGACAGAUGACACAAUCAGCACUGUUCACCUGCUCAUCAGCAGCCUCCUGGAACCCAAACAGCAACAAACAUGGCCUGCUCCUUUUGACAAUCUGCUCUCCACCAAAGAUGCUAGAAAUAGAUGGGAGAUGGAAGUGAGCAACACUAUCAUCACACCUCAGCUGAAGCACUCGGAUAGACAGCUAAAGGAAGUGAACAAAUUUAUCCAGGCUGAUGCUCACGUCUUUGCCAAUCCAAUCAUGAAGCUAAUGUUUGGAAAUCCCAGCCUCUUCUUGACCUCACUUCCCCAGAAUUCUCUGAUCCAUGGUUCUGCAGUUUGGAGCUGCAGGGAGAAAGUGUCUCUGCUGAGCCUUACUCACAUAGUGGAGCAGAAUGAUGGCAAAGACAAGCUGCCGGUGCUCUGGAGAUUUCUGCAUAGGGAAGCAGAGCUCCGACUAGUGAAGCACCUUCCUGAUAUCCUCACGCUCCAGAGAAAUCUGGUCAAGAAGUUUCAAAACAUCACUGAGCUGACUUGUGACACCAUUACCGAGUUCCUCAACAGUCAGAAAGCAGUUUCGCUGAAAGCCUGGUAUGAAAAAUACAUCAAAAUCUUCCUAACAACAUGGAAUCAGCUCAGAGUGUCUUUGGAAAAUAAUGGUGAAAUCAAGAUCCCAGCGGAGUUCUGCCAGAAGGACCUGGACCACAACAGUGACAUAAAGGUGCUGUUACCACGACGACAAGGCCCAGGCCUGUGCUCCACAGCUCUUGUCAGCUACCUCAUCGCCCUGCAUAAUGACCUGGUCUACUGUAUGGAUAACCACACCGGAGAGGAGACCAGCUACAAAGUGAGUCCUGCCGAUCUGACGGAACUGCACGUAAUUCGGUACGAGCUGGACAGAGACCUGAUGCCCCUGGUUCUGUCCAACACCCAGUACAGCAUAGAGAAAGGCCAGGAGACUCUACAUGAGUACGACUUGCCCAAGAUCCAGCAACGGAUAGUCUCCCACUUCCUGUUGGGCAAACCUCUCAUCACUCUCAAUGGCAUUCCAACACUGGUGACAAGACAUGAACGCAACUACGAGGUCAUCCUAAAGGAUGUAAAAGCAAAAGUCCAGCAAGAGCCUCUUCAGACUCUCACCUUGUCUGCCAUGGCUGGGGAGCUUCACUCCUACAGUGAGGUGUGUGAGGCCUUGUCCACACUGGAAGUGGCCCUCGGUUUCCUCGCCAUGACUGGGGGAGUGGCUCACAUGCAGCUGUCCUGCUACCUGGAGGAGGUGCUGCAGAUGGGAAACCAGAUGGCUCCGCAUAUCCUCAAGGCGCUGAGCAUGUGCUGUCUUAAGCAUUGUGUGGCUCUGUGGCAGCUGCUGGCCUCACUCAAAUCAGAAAAUAUGCUACGGCUCAAGAGGGAUCCAUUUGUGGAAGUCUCAGUAAAGUACAAACAGGCCCUGAGCGAGGAGGAUCACAGGCUGCUCAUCGGCUUCUUCUCUAAGAACAGCGCCGACAGUUUCCUGCUGGAGAUGCACGAGUUCCUGGUGCUUGUCCUUAAAAAGUCCAAUGCACUUGAAACCUACAGGCCUGACUGGAGCCUGAAAGACACAUUGGUGUCUUACAUGGAGCGCAAAGACUUGGACACCCCCCCUGAUGUAGAGGAGCUCUUUCCAGAGGAGAUCUGUCUGUCCCAGUAUGUUGAAGCCUGGAAGUUCAUCGUGGCCUUCAAGCAGGAGCGCGGCCAGAGACAAUGAAAAUGUGAUGCAAGGGAUUUUUUGUCUGCCUUCAUGUGAUACUAUCAAAUCCCUUAAUUUGAAGUUUACAAUCAUGAUGAAUCCAUAGAAUUGAAGUGGUAUACUGAGGUAUACUUAUUUACACAAAUAUAUGCAGCGCUGAUGUGCCUUUUUAAGAGAGCUGAUGUUAAGAUGCAUAGUUACUCAAAAUAUUAAUACUCUGAAAAUAGUCAUAGUCUCAAAAGUCUGCAGUUCACACUCACUGCUCAGUUGUAUGAAGAUCUGAUCUUUGAAGAUUUAUUUUUGAUUAAAUGUUCUUGUUUUGUGAUGUUGACUCUUUUCUGCCAGCAUGUCCAACUUUUCCAUAGAGUUUAAAGUCCUCUUUUUUGCACUUAGUUGUGUACAUGUCUGUCCCAGAGGCAGAGAACAAUCUGAAUUCUACUCAGGAACAACAUGUGGAAUACCUCGGGGCUCUGAAAAUCACUUUGGUUUUAACUGUACUGAGAGUACAGUAUAAUAUAUAUUUUGCCUGUGCUUUAAUCAAUUGUUUUGUAAUUUCCAUUGUUUUCUCACUGUUUAGAAGAAGAAGAAGAUGGAUGUUUGGGACAUUCUGUUUUUUGAUGCUCGUAGAAGUUAUAUUUCGCCUUUCUUUCACUUACAUUAAUGUUCUUACAUUAGUAGCAAAAGUUUCCUUAAGUUUUAUAACCUUUUCUUCCAUUUUUGAAAAUUUGAUUUGGAUUUUAUGUUCAGCAUAUUUUCAGAAUACAAUAUAUUUUUGCUGCUCAUUACUAGCUAGUUAUUCCUGGUAUGUGUGCAUCGUAAAAGAUACUGCUUCCAAUAAAUGAUUACACCUUC